AUGUUUGAAAACGCUCUGAGAUCAGAUUUUCACCUCGGCCAUGUUUUGAUGAAAAAUAUGCAACAACAUUCUGAUCUGCUUUGUCAGAUUGAUGGAGCAACAGGAGAAGCAGAGACAUUUGGCUCGGUUCUAAGCCGUUCUAUUAAAUUGGCCAAAUGCCUUCGUAACUUUGGUCUAAAGGUUGGUGACGUGGUAGCAGUUGGUGGAUGGAAUCACUUGGAUAUGAGUAUACCCAUGUAUAGCGCCAUUUUUAAUGGCAUGAUUAGUUUUGGUGUUUCUCCUUAUUAUAAAUAUCAUGAGAUUAAAGAUCUUUUCGCUAUAACAAAACCAAAAAUAGCGUUUUGUGAAAGAAACUUCUUUGAAACGUAUAAGAAAGUGGAACAAGACUUGAAAUUGAACACAAAAAUUGUUGCAUUUGGACAUGGAUACAAAGCAUGGUCAGAAUUCAUUAAAAAAUAUGACGACGACAAAGCAGAGGGAAAAUUUAAAAGGGGAACAAAUUCGUUACAAUUAUCACCAGUAAAUGCAAUAGGGAAUUACGUUGCAUUAAUUUCAUUACCUCUUCUGGGACAGUGCAAACUUCAAAGUUCCAUUCUCAAUAAUAUAGAUAUUAUUAUUAACAUGAUCAAUAAAUAUAAGCCGAUAUCUACUUAUCUAAAUCCCCACAUAUUGGCAGAGGUUAUCAAAAGGAAAGACCAAGUUGAUCUCACUUGUUUCGGUGUAAUCGCAGGAGUUGGGGAAAAAAUUAAUGAUCAAUUAUUUUUGGAAGUAAAGAAUUGUAUGAGGGAAGAUUCAAGGCUAUUUGAAAAUGUAGGGCAAACGGAAACCGUUGGACAUAUCUUUAACUAUACUGAGGGGUGUCCACUUGGUAGCUGUGGAAAAUCCUUACUACCAUGUUUUAGUCAUAAGCUAGUAGAUCCCGAAUCGGGGAAUGAAGUAACGGAACCCAACGUACUUGGAGAAAUGUGGAUUAAAGGACCAUGCCUCAAGGAAUACUACAAUGAUCCCGAAGAAACGCAGAAAGUUUUUUCUGAAGAUGGGUAUUUCAAAACAGGUGAUCUGUACUACAGAGAUGAAAAUGGCUUUUAUUAUUUCGGCAAUAGAAUUAAAACAAUAAUUAAAUGGAAAGGUUGUUCAGUAUUUCCUGGACAAAUAGAGGAUGUAAUACGUACUCAUGAAGGUGUUAAAGACGUUUGUGUGGUUGGUAUUGCUCAUCCAGAAGAUGGAGAAAGACCAACAGCGUGUGUUAUACGAGAAGAACUGUCAUGUGUAACUGCACAGGAAAUCAAAGAUCUUGUUAUUGAAAAAUUAUCAGUGAACAAGGAACUGCGCGGAGGUGUUGCGUUUUUCAAGGAAUUUCCAAUGACUGCUACAGGGAAAAUAGCAAGAAAAACUCUUGUAGAUAUUGUCUCAAAUACUACGAGAGAAUAA